CCGGCCAAUCAGAUCGAACUAUUCCGCCCAACCCACCUUACAAAUUCCCGUCACGAAACCCCAAAUUCCGACUCCCUCUCGGAUCGCCGGCGCCGGCGCCGGCGCCGAAGCAGCAGCGAUGCCGCGGUGGCUGAGCGUGACCGCGGGGCGCGACCGCUGCUACCGCCGAUCGUUCACGGCGGCGGGGCUCCGGCCGUCCACGACCGGGCUCGGCGACGGGGCCACCGUGCACCUCUGGCUCCCCCGCCGGCCGGACCCCUCCCGGCCCGCCCUCCUCCUGCUCCACGGGUUCGGCGCCCUCUCCACGUGGCAGUGGGCCCCCUACCUCCGGCCCCUCACCCGCGCCGGGUUCGACCUCUACGUCCCCGACCUCGUCUUCUUCGGCGGCUCCUCCACCCCCGCCCCGGCCCGCUCGGAGUCCUACCAGGCGCAGUGCGUCAUGGCCGCCAUGGACGCGCUCGGCGUGGCCCGCUUCGCCUUGGCCGGGGUCAGCUACGGCGGCUUCGUCGGGUACCGCCUCGCCGCCAUGUACCCGGCCGCCGUCGACCGGGCGGUGCUCAUCUGCGCCGGCGUCUGCCUCGAGGAGCGCGACCUCGCCGCCGGCCUCCUCGCCGUCUCCGACGUCGCCGAGGCCGCCAGCCUCCUCCUCCCGCAGCGCCCCGACAAGCUGCGCCAGCUCGUGAACCUCACCUUCUCCCGCCCGCCCCCGCUCAUGCCCAAUUGCUUCAUCCGAGAUUACAUUCAGGUUAUGUGCACGGAGUAUGUGAAAGAGAAAACAGAGUUGCUGCAUUCUUUAGUCAACGGCAGAAAACUUUCCGAUCUUCCUACAAUAACGCAGGUUUCAUUUUUGCAGCCAACCUUGAUAAUCUGGGGAGAGGAGGAUCGUGUGUUUCCCCUAGAGCUUGCUUUCAGAUUAAAGAGGCAUUUGGGGGAGAAAUCUCAACUAGUAAUCGUCAAAAAUGCCGGGCAUGCGAUUAAUCGCGAGAAACCGAGAGAGGUUUGCAAGCUUAUAAGAAACUUCUGCGUUGAUUCCUCUGUAAAAGUCCGCGACAGGCACAAGGUAACAUGGAGUAACGUCAUAAGAAGAUUUGAGCGUUCAAGAUUGAGGAGGAUUGAUUCUGGGCGCCCGCUGCUUUAGAGCUGCUAUGAAGAAAGAAUUUACUUCUGGCCAGUAUAAAAGGUUCGGCAUCUACAAUUGUUUUAACGUAACCUUGCAUAUUAGGGCAAUGUCCAUACACCAAUUUCUCAAGUGUAAAUGUUUUUAACAGUUACUCGUGUUUGAGGUUUAUAAUCAAUAUACUAUUCACCUGAUCUGUGCUUUAUGAUUGAUCUACGAGAAUUACAUUCCGUGUGAAGUAUGAAAUGUUAGUCAAAUACUUUAGGUUCAUGUAGUAAUAGGUAUGCAGUGAGCAUAUGCAAUAUAGCCAUAUAGGCAUAUGCUGUUUGAGCUACUCUGAAUGUAUGCAGAUGCAGAGAUGUUUUUAUAAGAGAAUUGUUUAAGUGCAGCAGCUCUUGACUAGCUCUAUUGGUGAA